AUGAAGACAGUGGUUGUGCUCGCCUCCUCCGUGCUUUUGCUGCCAUUGCUGCUGGCGGACUUUUCCCCUCAGGAUUCCACAUGUAAAGCAAUAUGGUUGUUCAAUCUUCCUUGUGCCAGACCCAACCGUGCUCUGGUCCGUCAGGUUAUGAAUUGGAGCUCGAAUAAAUGUGCUGAUGAGGAGGAAAAGUGCAUGUAUAAGGUGGUUCGAUCUACCUCUUACUUUCUGGAGGUUAUGCACACAUCUCCGGACUCCAGUCAAACUACUGUGAUGUAUUUUGACUUCUACCCUCCACAACACUCCAACUUUUGCAAAAUCUGGGCCUACGCAGUGACUUCUCCCUUCAAUGCCACCAACGCUCGCGAGUUCUGCCUCUUCCACAAUCUCUUUCAAGCGAGUGGACUGACCACUGUUCCAGGAUUCAGAGAAAUCACCGAUGUUCGCAUGUGUCCUUCCGUUUCUACCGCCACAUGUUUGUAA